AACGUGCUGCUCUGUUUGACUGACGGCUCAAGCGACCAAUGCGCCCGACACUUCCUCUCGCACAGCUAGCAAGGUCGGCUGUGAGCGAGCUAGCUCUCGACGAGGCUAAAGCGGAACAGAUGUCGUCCAGGAUUCAUAACAAAAUGUGUUGGGUCCGUCUCAGCAGCUGGGCUCUGCUGCUGCUCCAGCUCCUGUGUUCGGAGGCAGUGCCCAUCAGUAUUGAUAAGACCAAAGUCAAAGAGCCAGAGACAAAAGCUGAAGAGAUUCCAGUCAGUGUGGACACUGGACUUCACUAUGACCGCUACCUCAGGGAAGUCAUUGAUUUUCUAGAGAAAGAUCAGCACUUCAGAGAAAAGCUCCACAAUACAGACAUGGAAGACAUCAAGCAAGGAAAGCUUGCUAAAGAGCUGGACUUUGUCAGCCAUCAUGUCAGAACAAAACUGGAUGAACUGAAGAGGCAGGAGGUGAACCGACUGCGCACUCUGAUUAAGGCCAAGCAGGACAUUGAAGGAGGGAAUGACAUCGCAGUGGAUCACCAAGCUCUGCUGAAACAGUUUGAGUACUUGAACCACAUGAACCCACACACAUUUGAAGUUGAUGACUUAGAUCGACUCAUCAAAUCGGCCACCAAUGAUCUGGAGAACUACGACAAAGAAAGACACGAGGAGUUCAAGAAGUAUGAAAUGAUGAAAGAGCAUGACAGACAGGAACACCUGAAAACACUGGAUGAGGAAGAAAGAAGGAAAGAGGAGGAGCACUAUGAGGAAAUGAAGAAGAAGCAUGCAGACCACCCUAAAGUCAACCACCCGGGCAGCCAGAAUCAACUGAAGGAGGUGUGGGAGGAUGCUGACGGCUUGGACCCUGAAGAUUUUGACCCUAAGACCUUUUUCAAACUGCAUGAUACCAAUGGAGAUGGCUUCUUUGAUGAACAGGAGCUGGAAGCAUUGUUCACCAAAGAGUUGGAAAAAAUCUACGAUCCCACCAACGAAGAAGAUGACAUGGUGGAGAUGGAGGAAGAGAGGCUGCGUAUGAGAGAACAUGUUAUGAACGAGGUGGAUUCUAACAAAGACAGGCUGGUCUCUCUAGAUGAGUUCCUGGUUGCAACAAAGAAAAAGGAAUUCUUGGAGCCUGAUAGCUGGGAGACCCUUGAGCAGAACCAGGCGUACACAGACGAAGAGAUGAGGGAGUUUGAGGAGCAUCUUGUUCAGCAGGAACAGGACCUGAACCUGAAGGCUGUCGACCUCCAGAAACAGAGAGACGAGCUGGAGAAACAACAGGAGCAGCUCAAUGCACAGAAAAUAGAGCUGCAACAGGCAGUAGAGCACAUGGAACGCUUGAAAUCACAGAAAGUAGAUCCGCCUCCAGAGGUUCAUGUUGAAGGAAAUGCUCUUCCAGAGAUAUAUCCAGUUGACAUUGAGUUACAUCCUGAACAAGAGGGUCAUCCACAAGAGCAUCAGCCUGCACCUCAAGAUACAGCUCAGGAACACCACGCACAACAAAUUCAAGACCUGGCUCAGGAAGGUCUCCCCCAGACUCACCAGGAUCUGCCACCAGGCCACCGGGAUCUGCCACCAGGCCACCAGGAAGCUGCACAAAGCCAGCAUAACGUGCCGUAACAGUUUUAUCAGAACUUGCAACACCAGACUUUGGCAGCACCUCCACUCUAGCGUGCAGAGGAGAAGACCCUCCAGAGUUUAACCAGUGUGACUUCGGAGCACAGGAAAGCAGCACAAAUGGAAUCCCUGUUGAAUGACACCAGUGUUUGAUAAUAACUGUAAUCUUUGGAUUACAUCCUUAUAAUGACCAACCAAGGACAUGCAUCUUACAAUGUGCAAACGUAGUUGUGUUUGAUGACAUUAGACAUGAUCCAGAAUGUUAAUGGUAAAUUUUUGUUGAACCUUGUCGACCUGCAGUUGGCUGUUCAAACUACAGAACCUCAAAAUGCCACUGGCUCCACGACCUGAUGGUUUUGUUACGGGAGCCUGUCAAAUGUCCUUAUUGUGACUCAUAUUUUCCGACUUGACAAGAUAAAACCAUCCUCAAACCUUUUAGAAAGACAUUAAUUUACACGUGUGGCUUGUGAAAUGUUUCACUGGACUUUUUCAGACAUUUUAGUUAUAUGAGUGCAAGAUUUUCUAUAAUUGCAUUAGACCUGGAAGAAGAGGCCCUAUUACAAUUUUAACCAGUUUACAGCAGUCUGAUGCCCUUACAGAAACAGUUUCACCUAACAAUAAGAGUACGGACAAACAGGCUGAGUAUGGUGUUCUAAUCGACAAGGCUUCAGUCGGGUCUUGGUUGAAAAAGUAUUUACAUGAAUCCAGUUCCCCCACAGUCCUCAUACUUUUGUCAAGAAAUAAUUUUACCAAUAUUUUUUGCUACUUUCUCAGUGUUCUUUCUGGUUGCUUUAUAAUAUGUCAGCUAUUCACCCGUCACAAAAUAUUGUUUGUUUGAGUUUUUUCAACUGGAGAAAAUUAUGUGCUACAUUGGUAACAGGUCUUUUCAAAAUAGGAGAUUUUUUGGCCACACUGAAGCUACACUCCACUGACUUUGUUGUUAAAUUAAAGAUUCUAAAUGAAUGUGCAUGUGUCAUGUUUAUAAGUUGAUCAUUAUUUCUAAUUUGCUUGAUAAAACUGUUUUAAUGUCAAGCUUGUUUUAUCAUUUACGAUAUAGACAGAGUAUUUUUAUUUAUUUCAGCUGAUUGAAAGUUUAUUAGAAAAAGAUUUGACCAGUGUCCCAUUAAAAAUGCAGCAUCAUUUUAACCUGUUUAAGUCAAAGUCUAACAUGAAAACUUAGGAACUGAUUUUAUACAUUUAUACAAACACUCAUUGUGUGUGUGUUAUUAUACAGAUGUACUUGCUGCCUCUUCUUCUAGUCUAAUGUUGUGGUUCCUUCUUGCUGGCAGACAGUGUCCAAGGCAAACAUGAAUUAACAUAAUGCCACUUUUUUGCAUUCAGUCAAAUAACAGCUCUGCCUUACUGUGGUUUUACUUUAUACUUCAUUCUGACAUGGAAUACUUUUGUUUUCUCACCGUGUUGUUUGUUUUCUGCGUGCCAAGCGUUCCUUGGAAACAAUACUGCGUCAUGAUUUGCACAAAAUGUACAGAUGGUGUUUCUGGUCGCUUUCUGCUGGAUUAAAGUCAUGUGAUGGUACUGUACACCUCUGUUCAACAUAAUAAAAGUUAUCUUUCAGGCUGUCUAACA